AUGGUGCAAGUACUCAUUCAUGCGGUACUAAUGCUUUCCAUCCUACCACUUGUUAUAAGCUACAAAGACGAGAAGCUCGAGGAGUCGAACGGCACAAAUUUGAAUGCCAGCGAUUACUGGAAACACGAUCACCCGUAUACGUAUCGGCCACAUUGGAAACGGUUACCGGAAGGUAAAAUUGUACUGCUUAAUGAUUCGACUUGCAGCAGCUGCGCAGAAUACCGUGAGUCGACUGAGAACAAUACGUCAUGGAUCCCCAAAUGGAUGCUAUCCACUGAGGAUGGUCGAACUCUACGGAAAGAUUUACCUCGGCUUUUGUUAUACAACCUUGUGUCUCCAAUGGAUUACGGAAGCUCGUUACGAUCCGGCAAUGUGCGUCGCCGUCGCAACAAGGCGGUGCGCAUGUUUCUAGCCGAUAACUUAGCACUUCCGCUAUUAAAGUCGCUCGGUCAAGUAGCUUGGAAUCUCAUUCAGACUCAUUAUGUUGAUACGCUUGAAGACGAGAUGUUCGUACAGCACUUAAAGAUGAUGAACGCUAGUGAGAUGAUUCAGGAGCUUAACCUUUCGCUUCCGGUAGAACCGAUCGAAGGAAUGGGCAGGAAUGAUAUGUAUCGGCAGAACACAACGCAGGUAUACAAGCAUGACGGAGCGAGUAAGCGAGCUCCGUUAUAUGCGCGGUACUCAACAGCUUUUGAUCCAUAUGAAGGCUAUUCGGAUCGCUAUUACACCCGGGACGAUACUUUACCGCCACCCACAUUCCCUGCAGACAGCUAUCCGUGGCUUUGGUCUCCACAUCUCGAAUUGGCACGAAUGAUUUCGACACAGCUUUUGCGGUCAAUCAAUAUGAACGAUGACACAGAUGAGGAGUUGAAUGCCGAAGUACAGCUAGGCUCGUGCACGUCGAAGGGUAAUGGAAGCGACACACGCUGUCGAAAACUUUCUCAACAAGCUAAGGUUUCGUCCAAUGACGAGCUCAACGUUUCAAAACUUGCAAAUGGCAGCACUCCUAAUGAACUGACAAGAAAGCGUUUUCACACUGACGCAAGCACCGUGAGCGUAGACGACAUAUGUGCGCUGGAUCAAAUUUACAUGCAGCUCCAGGAAUACCACUUUGACACGGGUAUACCUCGCCUAGCGAUUCGCCCCAAUGUAUCACACUCGAUAUUUCCAUCGCUGCAAGGUUUUCUUAGGACGUCGCUCGAGAUUGCCAACGCUUCUACCCAAUCCAGGUGCAGCACUUCUUACGACUCGAGCAAAGCUACGACGGUACAGUCACGAUCUCUGGAGCAACGCACCAAUGAUGAUGGUAAUAACACUGGCAAUGUGACCAACAUUUAUUCGAGAAGUGAAAUCUAUGCUGUACUCACGCACUUCUACACGUACCCUUCGGCUGACAACAAGAUUAUUGAGAGCUAUGUCGACGAAGAUACUCAUGAAUGCACCAUGGAACGAUUGUGUCUAGUAUACUCUGGCGUGACGGUGUACACGCCGACACUGACAUCGCCAGAGCUGCUUCGAACGUUUGCUAACCCGAGUAUGACUCCCGCAACAAAAACAGCCGUGCGAUUGAACAUGCUACUGGAGAUGAUCCUGGUGGCCUUUGAAGCCGAGAAAAGAGCACUGCAGCACGGUCUGCAAGGUCCGUCCACCGUUUGCUACUCGAAUCACGACCUUGAUGUGGAUGAAUUUGCUGAUGCUGUGCUGGGCACUUUCAACAUGUCGAUCAGCGCGAAGAGUAGCGAUGCAGAGACUAUCUCGCUGCACGUUUUCGAACAUCACAUGAAUGAACGGGUACCCAUCCUCGAUGAGGUGGUUUCGUACUACGCAGAUACGAACUACGACACACAAAUGUACAUGAAGGUCAAGCAUACUACUAUCAUGCCAGAGAGUCUGGACGAAAGCGAGCUCGUCGUGCUGGUGAGCUCGCUGGAGAAGCAAAUGAAAACCCUCGACCAAUCGAUCGUUUCAUAUGUGCAAACGCGAGCAGCAAACCCGUUGUACCAGGAGGUAGUUGAUGCUACAAUCCGAAGUGAUGUUUACAACGGGAGCGAGUACACAAUGGUUGGCUUUGGCUUCAUCUUGCCAGCGACAAACGACCAGAACGUGCUAUAUUACGACAUGAAACUGCCCGUUCCGUUUCACCUUCUUCUCCGACUGAUCGUGCGUUUCCAAGAGAGUCGUUUGCUGUUGCCGCGUGAGUCUCGACACCUUUUAGUUUGCCUAGCGAUGGCACACUACGACCUCUCCUUUUACCGCUGUCGCGCACCCGCGUCAUCUGACGACUAA